UAGAGGUCGCCACAUCUGACUUUCUACGUCACUUUUGAAAGAUAAGCUUAUGAUUCAAAAGCUAUUAAUUUCUUUAUUUUUAUCAUAUCAUAUAUUCAUUAGCAUUGGCCGACUUUAAUCGCCGGGCGAGCCUCAACGUGUCCAGUCGGUUGGAAGAGUUCAAUUACGGGUUCGAACUAGCAUUAAACACAGUGCAACAUGGCUGUUUCCUUAAGGAGCCUCUCCAGCAAACUAGGGGGUGCAUUUUCCCCCCUGAAAUUGGUUUCGACCUCCCGCACCUAUUUCACCUAUGUGAACGAGCCAGCGCAACCCAUCCAGGGCAAGGAACCCAAAUGGUGCACUGCAGAAGAAGCGUUUCAGGACUUGCAGUCAGGUCAAACGGUGUUUGCUCAAGGAGCGGCAGCCACUCCAAUUGCCCUGUUAAGUGCCAUGACCGAAGUAGGCAAAAAAAAGAACUUGAAAAAUAUCAACGUUUGUCACAUGCACACGGAAGGACCAGCGGCUUACACUGAUCCAUCAUGUGAGGGCAUUUUUAGGUCGAACUCAUUCUUCAUGGGUGGAAAUGUGCGAAAGGCUGUAGCCGAUGGUCGAGGGGACGCAAUCCCGAUCUUCCUCUCCGAAAUCCCUUUGCUGUUUUACAAAGGGAUUAUUAAGCCAGACAUUGCGGUCAUCCAAGUUUCUCCCCCGGACCAACAUGGCUACUGCAGUUUAGGAACAAGCGUUGACUGUGUGCGAGCUGGUAUGACACAUUCCAAAAUCAUUGUUGCCCAAGUCAACCCCAAACUUCCACGGACGUUCGGAGACGGUAUAAUCCACAUUAGCCACAUCGACUAUGCGGUGAAAGUCGACACUCCCCUGCCGGUUCAUGGAGGAAAGCCUCCCACUGAUGUGGAGACAAAAAUUGGGAAAAAUAUCGCGGAAAACCUGGUCGAGGAUGGAGCCACUCUGCAACUGGGCAUCGGCAGCAUUCCGGAUGCAGUCUUAUCCGCCUUGACCAAUCACAAAGACUUAGGAAUUCACUCAGAAAUGUUUGCCGGAGGCGUGAUUGACCUGGUCAACAAAGGAUGCAUAACAAACAACCGCAAAAUCAUCCACAAAGGCAGAAUCGUCGGGUCAUUCCUUAUUGGAACCCAAGAUCUGUACGACUUUGUGGAUAACAAUCCGUUCAUUGAAAUGUUGGUUGUGGACUAUGUAAAUAACACCAGUAUUAUUGCCCGAAACCCCAAAAUGACCGCCAUCAACUCAUGUAUUGAGGUGGACUUGACCGGUCAAAUCUCGUCAGAUUCGAUUGGAACGCGAAUGUACUCGGGAUUCGGAGGACAGGUGGACUUUAUUAGAGGAGCGGCCGAAGGUUUCGACGGUAAAGGAAAGCCCAUUAUUGCCUUGCCAUCCGCUACUAACAAGGGCGAGAGCAAAAUUGUGCCAACACUCAAAACAGGUGCUGGAGUGGUAACGACCAGAGCUCACGCCCAUUAUGUAGUGACAGAGCAUGGAAUAGCUUAUUUGUUUGGAAAAUCGCUGCGGCAAAGAGCACACGCUCUUAUUAAUAUUGCCCAUCCAGACCACAGGGAAAAACUGGAAAAGCAAGCAUUCGAACGUCUGAAGUGCAUGCCAUCGCCUUAAAUGAAACUUUGUAAAGCAAUUUCAGUAAUAAGAAAAUAGGCAAGUCGCAUCCAGAACCCUGGAUAAUUGUUUUCGAUGAAUGAAAGUCGACAACAGAUUGAUAAAUAAUUAAUAAUAGUUAGCGAUAGACAGUCGUACAUUAAAUCAAAUAAUUCAUUUGCACUACACAAGAGAAAACAUGUAAAAGGUUCAGCUUUAAGCAAUUCAAUACUAGGUUAAGUGAGAAAUUAUGUUAUUGCCUAAUAUUUAUAUGUUUUCAAAAAUAAACAUUCUAAAACACUUA